UCCAUUUCUUUUCGUUCUUGAACCCAUUAAACUAAAAUUUGAUUUGGUGGAUAGGGUGACCACAUCCAGCGAAAUCCUCGGCCAUGGGCUGGCCGGAGAUCAUCAAACGUCGCCGAAGACAACGUCAUUGGACCAGAAAAUCAUGCUUAAAACACUUGAGAGGUAUCAGACGUGCACCUAUAAAACAUCAGACCCUAGUGCCCCAUCAAUGGAGACACAGCAGAACAGUUAUCAGGAGUACUUGAAGCUGAAAGGAAGAGUUGAGCUUCUGCAACAUUCUCAGAGGCAUCUCCUGGGCGAGAACCUUGAGCAACUCAGCAGUCCGGAAAUUGAUCAACUUGAGAGUCAACUAGAAAAGUCGCUGAAGCAGAUCAGGUCAUCUAAGACUCAGAUGAUGCUUGAUCAGCUGUGUGAUCUUAAAAGAAAGGAGCAAAUGUUGCAGGAUGCCAAUAGAACGUUGAGCAGGAAGUUGCAAGAAAUUGGUUCAGAGAAUCCUUUCCGGCUCUCUUGGCAAAAUGGUGAUGAAAAUGGUGAUGGAUCAAGUUCGCAACGUAAUCGCGAACCUCAACCUCAGAACCAAGGCUUCUUUCAGCCUCUGGGAUGUGAGCCUCCUUUGCAAAUCGGAUUCAAUCAGGUGGAUCAUUUGAACUCUGGAGUGACAAGAAACCAUAAUGUAAAUGGUUUUGCCACCGGAUGGAUGUGAUAAAAUUCUAAACUUGCAUCUGACCUUGCAAACCUUAUCUAGAUUAUUUUGUCCUUUUUAUUCCCCCCUUAUGUAUCCUUCUGCUUGAUGUUUACAUAUCUUUCUAUUCUAAACAAUAAGAACAAUAAUAAUAUUGUGACGUCCUACUAAGAUCCGAAAUAAGAAAUUUAUGUGCGAAAGUUGACGGGUCAAGGUUGCAUAGAAUGUAACUAUUUGUAAUGAAACUAUAUAUCUUUAUUAUGAAUGAAGACUGUUGUAAUGUGAAAUUAAUCCUCAUUUUUCA